CUUCUGCGGGAUUCCUCGCAGAAACAAGAAAACCUUCUACCUUCUUUAACCCAACCUUCACUCAUCUCUCUGUUUUCUUGUUCUGUUGAAUCUAGAGUUUAUAUUUACACGCGCACAGAGACAUUUUUGUAAAUCCUAGUAUUUGUUUAACUCCCAAGAGUGUGAAAAUGGAGCUGCAUUCUGCAACCGCAGCGAAAAGACUUUGGAAUGUGUUGAGGAUCAGCUUCUUGAUGAUGAGGAAGGGUCUGAUAUCGAAGAGGAAGCUGAUAAUGGACAUGAAUGUGAUGAUGAAGAAGGGAAAACUGCUCAGAAAAUCUCUGAGCAAUCUCAUGUCAUCCCACCAUCACCAUCAUCAUCAUUCCAAGAGCAUGACACGUGGUGGAUUUGGCAUGCAGGAGUAUGAAUUCUCUUGCAGUAACAGUCCCAAUCCUGCUUUUCUCUACCUUCACAAACGCAAACACCAUUUCAACUUCCCUUGCAUCAACCAUCCUCAGGUCAUCGACGAAGAGCCUGACCUAGAGCCACCUAAGGCCACGGUUUUGAUGCCCAAAACCCCAGAAUACAGCUUCAAUCUUAGGUUCGAUCCUUCAGAUUUUGCUGCAGGUGACAGAAGGAGCCCUCUUUUGUCGCCAUUUUCUGUGAGGAUAUCCAAUUUUUCUUCUGUUGAUGAGCUUGAGGAGCCUGGGAAUGGUCUGGUUGAUGACCAGGCCGAGGAUUUCAUUACAAGGUUCUACGAACAGCUCAGGAUGCAGAGCCGUACCCAGUUACUAGAAUACCCAGACAUGUAUACACAGGAUAUAUAGAAUUUCUGAGACGUGUAUACUCUGAAAUCUUGUAUCUUCAUGGAUUUUUCCUCUGUGUGUUCAUACUUGUAUAGUCUCUGGAGCAUUCACUCAAUAUUUCAUAUCGUUCAAAUAAAAUACAUUUUAAUGUAAUGGUCUUCCGAUGUUUUGGAUAUUUGAGGUUGUG